AUGCAUCCUCGCACAUCUUCACUUCAACAACCACCAGCUGCCGUUAUGAGCUACUUCGACUUUCAGCCCGAGGAGUGCUCGGUCUCGCCAGUCAAGAAGACCAACACUCGCUGCCUUGAUGCCUUCCAUAACCGUCCUACAACACCUUUCGACUACCCUGCCAACGCAGACAUCUAUGCCAGACGUGCUCUUCCUCCUCUUCCAUCAGCAGCAGCAGUUCCUGCCCUUCGCAACUGUUCAUCAUCAGAGUCCAUGGCUUCAUCAGCACCUGCCAGCAGACCAAGCACUGCCAUGUCCUACAGACAGGACAAGUCCCUUCCUCCUCUUCCCUUCCGCCUUCAAAGAUCACCUUCAUUCGACUCGGAUGAGUCUGGCAAGGAGAACACUGUCAUUGUUCAGGUCUCAAGGCCUCGUCAGAACCGUGGCUACAGCUUCCGUAGUCUCUUGAACAGACACUCAGAGGACGAGUUUCCUCUUGCCUCCCCCAAGAGUGGUUACAGCGUUACUCGUGACUCUCGCACAGACUCUGUCAUGGGUGACUACAACUUGUGCCAGGUCAAGACCAACGGAACCAUCUCUGCUACGAGCAGCAGACGUCCCUCCGCUCUUUCUCUCACUCACCUCAAGGCUGCCUCGAAGAAGAUCAACGCUAGCGCUCCUCCAGUGCCUUCCCGUCCUUCAUCCCGCAAGGGAAGCACCAGCAACCACAACCAACAUCGCUGGGGUACUCUCUUCCGCACUGUUGAGGACGACAAAGAGGACAUCCCGUCCAUGCCUGCCACUCCUGGUAUGAUGCCUGACCUCAGCUUCAACCGUUGCUACUACUUCUACGCUCGUAAUUGCAAUGGCUACGUUCUCUCGGGCAACUCAAGUGGUGACGCUUGCGAGAACUGUGCCCACUCCGGCUUCUUGGGCUCCCCUUGA